UGCAACAACUAGUUUUCCCAUCUAUCUAUAAAAUAAAAAUAAAAUUAAUUAUAUUGUCCAAUAACAUUUUCGAAUCUUCCAAGAUUCUCCACAUCCACAAGUGACGAUAUAACACACACACACACACAAACACUUUGCCCAUAGCUGAUAGCUCUUCUUUGUUCUUCUGCCUCUCUAUUUUGCCAUUAUUCACACACACUUAAAUUCAUCUGAAAACCUCCUCUAAAAAACAUGCCAGGAAUCAGAGCACCGAUUAACUAUUCCGAAGAACCGCCACGUCAUCCUGCUCUCAAAGUUAAUGCUAAGCAACCGUUCAAUGCUGAGCCGCCACGUCAAGCUUUGGUUUCAUCUUAUGUGACUCCUACGGAUUUCUUCUAUAAGAGAAGCCAUGGACCGAUACCUGUUGUCGAUGACAUCGAAAGAUAUUGUGUGUCUAUUUCCGGGCUAAUUGACAAACCCAAAGAUCUUUUCAUGAAAGAUAUUAUGAAUCUUCCGAAAUAUAAUGUUACCGCUACUUUACAGUGUGCUGGUAAUAGAAGAACCGCCAUGAGCAAAACUAGAACUGUAAGAGGAGUUGGCUGGGAUGUUGCUGCCUUGGGAAAUGCAAUUUGGGGUGGAGCAAAACUUGCAGAUGUUCUUGAACUAGUUGGUAUACCCAAAUCAACAAGUACCACACCAAAAGGUGGAAAACAUGUUGAAUUUGUGAGCGUUGACAGGUGCAAGGAGGAGAAUGGAGGUCCAUACAAGGCAUCAAUUCCACUAAGUCAGGCAACAAAUCCUGAAGCUGAUGUUUUGCUUGCUUAUGAGAUGAAUGGAGAGACUCUCAACAGAGAUCAUGGAUAUCCACUGAGAGUAGUCGUCCCAGGGGUUAUAGGUGCUCGUUCUGUGAAGUGGCUGGAUAGCAUCAACAUAGACUCCCAAGUCUGCCAGGGAUUCUUUAUGCAAAAAGACUACAAAAUGUUUCCACCUUCAGUAAAUUGGGACAAUAUUGAUUGGUCUACCAGAAGACCUCAAAUGGAUUUUCCUGUCCAGAGUGCAAUAUGCUCUUUGGAGGACGUGAAUGUGGGGAAGAAUGGAAAGAUAGCUAUAAAAGGAUAUGCGGUUUCUGGAGGUGGGCGUGGAAUUGAGCGAGUUGAUAUAUCAACUGAUGGGGGUAAAACCUGGAAGGAGGCAUCUAGAUAUCAAAAGCCUGGUAGUCAAUACAUGGCUGAUGAAGAAAGAAGCGACAAAUGGGCAUGGGUACUUUUUGAAGCUGAGGCAGAUGUACACUCAAAUGUAGAGAUAGUUGCCAAAGCAAUAGACACAGCUGCAAAUGUCCAACCCGAAAAAGUUGAGGACAUCUGGAACUUGAGAGGAAUUUUGAACACAUCAUGGCAUCGUGUUCAUGUGCAAGUUAGGCAUUCAAAUAUGUAACUUAACUUGCAUAUGGCAACGCAGAAGCUUUGCAAUAAUAUGAUCAGGGUGGUAAAAUAGCUUAUAACCCCUGCAGUAUUUUCUACAGUUGUGUACUACAAACUUUAGGAGUGAUAGUUUGUAUUUUCUGCUUGUUGCUGGGUUUUGUAACAUAUAACUACUUUUGUGAUUAAUAUGAACUACAAUUUCUGCA